UUCCAUGUGCGCGCGUCCUGCCCCGGGCUCAGCCGAGGGCGAGCGGCGGCACCGCGCGUGUGCGCGCGUGUCCGUGGGCCGGGCCGAGCGGCAGCGCGGGCAGCGGGCGGCGGCGGGCGCAGUCCCAGCGCGCACCGCUGGGUGGUGGUCUCGGCUAAGGCGCCGCCGAGCCCGACCCAGCCCAGCUCAGCACAGCCAAGCCCAGCCCAGCUCCCAACAGCCCAGCCGGGCGGAGCGGGCAGCGGCUGCGGCAGCGAGCGCUGGCUCUGCCAGCCGAGCCUGGCACACCGCGGCUGCACUCCGGGCUGCCGAACCGACCGGAAUACAGAGAGAGAAGGAAGGCAUCCGACCGCUGCCGCUUUCGUUGGGGACUGCGCGAGAGAUCCGCGAGAAGGAGAUCGGACACCGCCGCCGCCGCCGCCGCCGGAGGAGGGCCAUGGCGAUGGCAAGGCAAGUGCUUUGUGUGUGUGCUUUGCUCUCCCUGGCGCUCGCUCGCUCGCAGCCCAUCCGCUACUCCGUGGCCGAGGAGGCGGACAGCGGCUCCCUCGUAGGCAACCUGGCGCAGGACGCGGCGCUGCCGCCGGCGCAGCUCUCGGCUCGCCGCGCCCGCCUGCUGGCCGAGGACGGCCGGCAGCACUUUCGCCUCGACCGCGCCAGCGGCCGCCUCGUCGUGGCCGACAGGCUCGACCGGGAGCAGCUGUGCGCCCAGGCCGACACCUGCACGCUCGCCUUCGAGCUGCUGCUGGCCGACCCGCUGCAGUUCUUUCGGGUCGAGGUGGCCCUGCAAGACAUCAAUGACAAUUCGCCCGUUUUCCCUGCGGAACGAGUCACUUUUAAGAUUCCCGAAACGAGCGAUCCUGGCUCUCGUUUCCCUCUGGACGCUGCUCGGGACCUCGAUAUUGGCAGCAACAGCAUUCGGACAUACAGCAUCUCUCCCGAGAAUGAGUACGUUAGUGUCUCCUUUGCAAGUCGGAGUAAUGGCGACAAAUACGUAGAAUUGGUUUUGGAAAAGCCACUAGACAGAGAGGAGCAGGCAGAGAUGGAUUUCAGUCUCAUUGCUGUGGAUGGGGGUUCUCCUCCCAGGAGUGGGACCACCCAAAUUCACAUUACAGUUCUAGAUGUCAAUGACAACACUCCCGUGUUCACACAGGAUCGUUACACUGUGCAGGUUUUGGAAAAUGCACCGGAGGGCUCUGUGGUCCUGACUGUGUUGGCAACUGAUCAGGAUGCGGGAACUAAUGGGGACAUCUCCUAUCAGUUCAGCGAAGCAGUCAGCCGGAGUGACUCAGCAUUUGAGAUUGACUCCACGAGUGGUGAAAUUAAACUCAAAAAGCCUCUGGACUUUGAGGUAGCAGAACAUCACGAACUCCAUGUGAGGGCCACAGAUGGUGGGGGACUCUCGGCAGUGUGCAAGGUGUUGGUGAAGGUGUUGGAUGUGAAUGACAAUGCCCCGGAGCUGGUGGUCAGUUCCUUCAGCAGUCCCCUCCCCGAGAACUCAGCGCCCGGCACGGUCGUUGCCCUCUUCAGUGUCAGGGACCGCGAUGCCGGGGCCAACGGCAAGGUCUCCUGUGCCCUCGACGAUCAGCUCGUCUUCUCCCUGCGCCCAGCCUAUAAGAAUUACUAUGAGCUGGUGACGGUGAGUGCCCUGGACCGCGAGGAGACGGCUGAGUACAUGGUGACGGUGACAGCAGCAGACGCGGGCUCCCCUCCUCUGACGAGCAGCCACACCUUCAGCGUGGCCAUCUCAGACGUCAAUGACAACGCGCCUGUCUUCAGCCAGAGCUCGUACACCAUGUACGUGCGUGAGAACAAUGUGCCCAGCGUGCUGGUUGGAGCCGUGAGUGCCGCAGAUGCCGACGUGGGGCUCAACGCCAAGGUGACCUAUUCGCUGUCAGCGGGGCAAGCGGCGGAGCGGCCUUGGUGCUCGUGCCUGUCGGUGAACUCGGAGAGCGGGCAGGUGUUUGUGCUGCGAGCGCUGGACUACGAGCAGCUGAGGCAGAGCGAGGUGGUGGUGAGCGCCUCUGACGCGGGUUCUCCUCCGCUGCGAGCCAACGUCACCGUCCGCCUGCUGGUGCUGGACGAGAACGACAACGCCCCGCUCGUGCUGUACCCGGCGCCCGACAGCGGCCCGGCCUCCAGCGAGCUGGUGCCCGUGUCGGCUGAGGCGGGCUACCUCGUCUCCAAAGUGGUGGCCGUCGACGCCGACUCGGGGCAGAACUCCUGGCUCUCGUACCACCUGCUCAGGGCCACCGACCCCGGGCUCUUUGCCGUGGCUGCCCAAAGCGGCGAGGUGAGGCUCAGGAGGCCCGUGACAGACAGAGACAGCGUCAAGCACAAGCUCGUCGUCCUGGUGCGAGACAACGGCCGCCCACCCCUCUCAGCCACCGCCGCUCUCAGCGCACUCCUGCUCAAGGACUUCUCCGACCUGCGCCAACCGCACGGCAGCCCCGCCACCGACGACCAGCCCGGCUCCCUCACCACCUACUUAAUCCUUGCCUUGGUCUUCGUCUCCCUGCUCUUCCUCGCCUCCACAGCAGCCUUCGUGGCUCGCAGGCUGUGCAAGACAAAGGAGCUGAAGGCUGCCCACGUGCUUGACGGGGCCGACAACUUGCCGAGCGGCCUGGCCGAGGCAGCUGCUGCAGGGACCCUGCCCCACCCCUACUGCUACGAGAUCAGCCUCACCACGGGCUCGGGCAACAGCGAGUUCAGGUUCCUCAAGCCCUUCGGCCCCAGCCUGACACCACAACCCUGGGCCAUGGCCGGGGGCCCCAGUGAGGAACAGGUUUUCCCUUGUGUCCCUGUCCCCACAGAGGACGUGACACCGGACGAUGCUGGGACUGUCUCUGCAGAACAGUUCAACUGUCUUUCCUUUAACUAGCGUGGGGUCAGCACAGGCAGAUGUUUCAUGCCUCGUGGUAGGAAGGGAUGCCGGCUGCAGCCUGUGGGAAUGGUACUUCCACAAUAAAUCUGUAUUUGCAGUUGACAUAACCAAGUUCCCGCAAAUUCUAAGUCUGAAUAAAUUUUGUCUCUCAUUUUAAAAACUAGUCAGCCGAACAAAAGAAAGUAAGGUUCUGUCACUCUGAGACUGAUAUGUUUCACCUCCAUUACAGCCAUUUCUGAGAGUCUUUGAGAAUGGGGUUAGCAGUCCCAGCUAAGCUCUUAUUUCUCUUGCUGUCCACCAAGAGAGUGGACCUCUUAUUCUUUUUUGAAUCACUGUCGCACAGUUGGGCAGACCUUACUGAAAUGCAGAAAACCCCUUUUCCAGCUCAGGAAAGUAAGGACAUUGUAAGAAUUGUGUCACAUAAUUGUUUGAGCAUGGGGCUUUUUCUUUCCUGGUUUCUGGAUGUCUCUGAGAUGUGUGGGCUCUGUGUCCUUUGCUUUCUUGUCACUAUAUCAGUCAAUACAACCACUGUGUGUCUGCGUAUCCUGUACUUGUGGUGCCCAGCAAAUCAGGGAUUGGCUUCCAUUCAGCCGUUGCAAUGCAGGCAAUUCCAGCUCAGCAGGCAUGAAGGGUAUUUUGACCUUUUGAGUACAACAGUCUCAUAAUCUCCAGGGCAGGGCAGAGCAGCAAAACACGUAACAAAUUUUCCUUUGCCCUAUGAAAGGGAGGUUGGGUCUUCUGUCUCUUUGGGAUCAUCUUGAAAAUACAGAAAUAUGGCAGUACAAAUGCAGUUGGGGUAGAUUGUAACUGUGCAGAGUUGUGAAAACAUGUUCAUUGUCUUUAGAUGAAUUGCAUGAAAACUCCACAUGUCCUUCAAAGAGCAUUUUCUGAAGGUAGAAUCAAGGUGAAAUGGUAAAAAGGACAUUGAGUUUGGUCUCCUCAUGGUUGUACCUGAAUACUUCUUGAUAGGAGUGGAAAGUUGUCCCCACAUGAUUCUUUGGGUUUGUGGGAGGCCGUUUGCAUUCUCCUUUUUGUCAUUUCUCCUUCUACUCUCUGAACUGUGUUUGAACAUUGUCCUUCCUAUUCUACUUAAGAAGGACUGUCAUACAAUGUAUAAUAAAGUAUUUUUUGAAUGAUGUCUGUGAUGCACAGAAUAUUCAGAAAGCCUCAGAAUGUGUUGUGCUGAAGUUAUAAACUUUUAUAGCAUUUUAAACUUGGGUACCCCUUGGGUAAAACUGAAAUAAAGAGAACAUCCAAAUGCCCUGUA